AUGAAAACCUACAUCUGCAAGCUCCCGACGUUAGCCACCCCGGUGCCCGGAGACCCACUGCUCCUUUACCUAUCUGCCUCUAAGACGACCAUAAGCGCGGUCAUGAUGGUGGAACGGGAGGGGAAACAGAUUCCCAUAUAUUUCAUCAGUAGAACACUUAAGGGGCCUGAGGAACGGUAUAUGCCUUUAGAGAAACUUGCGUUGGCCCUGGUUUUUGCAUCUCGGAGGCUCAGAAGGUACUUUCAGGGGCAUAAGGUCACCUUAGUAACUGAUCAACCCCUCCAGAAAGUGCUUAGAAAACCGGAACAGUCAGGACGACUGGCUAAAUGGGCCGUAGAAUUGGGGGAACAUUCUCUGAAGUUCAAGCCCAGGACAGCUAUGAAGGGACAAAUACUGGCUGACUUCCUAGCAGAAGUCCCCGAGGACGAAGAAAGGGAACUACUAAAGUGGGAAGCUUUGGAGGAAGAAGAAAAGAAAAGGGAAGACGAAGCUGUCUGGAAGUUGUUCACUGAUGGAGCAUCUAGUGAAGAGGGGAAUGGUGCAGGCAUCACACUAGUAAGCCCCGAGGGGGUUGAGCUGACGUAUGCCAUAAGGUUGGACUUCGAAAACACAAACAAUACCGCCGAGUAUGAAGCCCUCUUAGCAGGGAUGAGGUUGGCACAGAAGAUGAAGGCAAAACACGUGGAGGCUAGUAUCGAUUCACAGUUGGUAGUAAAGCAGUACCAGGGGAAAUAUGAAGCCAAGGAUAGCAUCAUGGCUCGGUAUGUGGCGAAAGUUAAGGAGACAUCUAAGGCAUUCGUAACCUUCAAACUGGAAUAUAUCUCUCGAGGGAGGAACCGGAAGUCUGAUGCACUCAGCAAGUUAGCUUCAGUAGCAUUCGACCACCUCGCGAAGGAGGUCAAUGUAGAGGUCCUGACGUCCCCAUCCCUUGACAUAAUGGAAGUGGCCACGAUCGAAGGUUCCCAAGAAACAUGGAUGACCCCAAUCAUUAAAUUCCUACGGGACGGGACUUUACCCGAGGGGGAAUGGGCGGCCAGAAAGAUAAGAGUCAAAGCUCUACAAUAUGAACUGAUUGGAGGGGAGCUAUACCGAAGGUCGUACCUGUGUCCGUCCCUAAAGUGCAUAGAUAUGGAAGAGGCCGAAUAUGUCGUCAGGGAAAUGCACGAGGGGAUCUGUGGAAUGCACUCAGGACCAAGAAUGGUUGUGAGAAGGACAAUGAACGCAGGGUUCUACUGGCCGCGAAUGUACGAGACGGCAUCUAAAGAGAUCAAGAAGUGUGAUAACUGCCAAGUACAUGCACCAAUGACCCAUCAGCACAAACACCCUAUGGUCCCGGUCUCAACAUCUUGGCCAUUCCAGAAAUGGGCCAUUGACAUAAUCGGGCCUUUUCCGAAAGGCCCAGGAGGGGUCAAAUACGUGGUGGUGGCCAUUGAUUAUUUCACUAAGUGGAUCUAA